CUCAGCAGCUGAUGGUGGACUUUUCUAGCCCCCUAAUCUGUAGUAUAUAUGGUGAUCAGUUGGUUUGGACAGCCAUUCCCUGCUUAAGCAAAAAUUAGAACUCUCCGGACAGGAGGUCCAAUUAGCCAGGAUGAGAAAUCUAAGCCCACAAGUCAACUUCUUCUUCAUUGCCUUUGUUCUGCUCAUGAUCUUGCCAAGCAUGGCCAUGGCAGAUGAUCAGCUUAAUAACAGUAUCGGAGCAACUGCGGUACAUGUGGCUGUGGGAGUGGUUCUUGACAUGAAGGAAAGGCUUGGGAAGAUGGGGUGGAGCUGCAUCUCCAUGGCUCUCUCUGACUUCUAUGCCUCUAAUGCCUUCUACAGGACUAGGGUAGUCCUAAAGCCCUGGGACUCCAAAGGCGACGACCUUGGUGCUGCUGCUGCAGCUCUGAACCUGCUGAAAUAUGCUCAAGUUCAUGCCAUUGUUGGUCCAUCAACAUCCAUGCAAGCUGACUUCGUAAUUGAUCUUGGCACCAAAGCUCAAGUACCCAUUAUUUCCUUCUCUGCGACAAGCCCUUCUCUAUCACCACUUCGGACGCCAUAUUUCGUUCGCGUCGCGCAGAACGAUUCCUCUCAAGCGAAAGCCAUUGCUGCCAUCGUUCGAGCCUUUGGAUGGCGAGAAGUUGUUCCAAUCUAUGUAGACAACGCAUUUGGGGAGGGAAUAAAGCCUUCUAUGGCCGAUGCCUUACACGAAAUCGACGCUCGGAUACCUUACUGGAGCGUCAUUCCUCCCUCGGCCACAGGCGAUCAAAUUGUUGCCGAGCUUUACAAGCUGAAGACAAAGCAAACUAGAGUGUUCAUUGUCCACAUGUUUCCUGAUCUGGCCUCUCAGCUGUUUAUGAAAGCAAAAGAGAUUGGAAUGAUGAGCGAGGAGUAUGUUUGGAUCAUAACCGAUGCAGUGGGAAAUGACUUGACUUCGUUGGAUCCCCAAGUCAUCGAUUCAAUGCAAGGAGUAUUGGGCGUAAAGCCUUAUGCCGUCCCAACAAAACAGUUAGCGAAUUUCAGAGGUAGGUGGAAAACCAUGUUUAAGCAAGGGAUUGAUGCUGACCUAAAUGUUUUUGGACUAUGGGCAUAUGAUGCUGCUACUGCACUGGCUAUGGCGGUGGAGGCAGUUGGCGCCACAAAUACUACUGCCUUUCUGGAGACGAACACAUCAAGAAAUUCAACAGAUCUUGAAACUUUGGGAGUCUCUCAAAUGGGCCCUAAACUUCUCCAAGCUCUUAAAAAUACUAAAUUUAAAGGACUCAGUGGACAUUUCCAAAUGGCUGAUGGGCAGCUACAAACAUCAGCAUACCAGAUAGUUAAUGUGAAUGGCAAUGGUCACAAGGGAAUCGGAUUUUGGACAGCCGAAAAGGGACUCACCAAAGGCUUCAACCUCACUAGUACUACAACUGUCGCCUAUACCACUUCCAAGGACAAUCUUCGAUUAAUUAUAUGGCCAGGUGACACUACGUCUGCGCCCAAAGGUUUUACCUUAGGUGGGAAGAAGUUGAGAAUAGGAGUUCCAGUCAAGAAUGGCUUCACUGAAUUUGUAAAGGUGUAUCGUGAUAAUAAGACUAGGCCUGAAGGUUACUGCAUCAAAGUGUUUGAUGCCGUAAUGGCCAAGCUACCAUAUCCAGUUGCAUAUGAAUUUGUUCCAUUUGAAACUCCCGAGGGGAAGAGUGCAGGCACCUAUAAUGAAUUGGUGGAGCAAGUUUAUAAUGGGAAAUUUGAUGCAGUGGUUGGAGAUAUUACCAUUGUUGCAAACAGGUCAAACUACGUGGACUUCAGUUUUCCUUUCGCCGAGUCUGGGAUGGCAAUGGUGGUGCCACUUAGGCACAAGAAGGAGAAUGCAUGGGUGUUCUUGAAGCCUCUGACUUGGGAUCUUUGGUUAACAAGUUUCUGUUCAUUCGUUUUCGUCGGCUUUGUGAUUUGGGUUCUUGAACAUCGGAUAAAUGUGGACUUCCGGGGGCCCCCUUCUCAUCAGACUGGAACCAUUUUCUGGUUCGCCUUCUCCACUAUGGUCUUUGCCCAGAGGGAAAGGAUUGUGAGCAACUUGGGCAGGUUUGUGGUGAUUGUGUGGUGUUUUGUGGCGCUGAUACUGACUCAAAGUUACACAGCAAGCUUAACUUCAAUGUUAACAGUUCAACAAAUUCAACCCACAGAUUUAAGUGAACUUAUAAAGAAAAAUGAGAAAGUGGGUUGCCAAGAAGGUUCUUUCAUCAAAAAGAUCCUAAAACAGUUGGGUUUUGAUGAAUCUAGAUCAAUCAAGAUCUACAAGUCUUCUGAGGAAUUGGAUGAACUCCUUAGAAAUGGCAGUGUUGCUGCUGCUUUCGAUGAAAUCCCCUACAUCAAGGUUUUUCUCUCCAAAUAUUGCUCCAAAUACACUAUGCUUCCACCAACUAAUAGAACAGAUGGCUUUGGCUUUGCGUUUCCAAUUGGUUCCCCACUAGUAAGUGAUGUCUCAAGAGCACUCUUGAGUGUGACUGAAGGAGAGAAAAUGGUGGAGAUAGAGAAAGCCCUCUAUAAUGAUAGCAAUUGCCUAAAUUCCAGCAACUCGCUUUCUUCCAACAGUGUCAGCCUCGGUGUUGAGAGCUUCUGGGGCUUGUUCCUCAUUGCUGGCUUGGCUUCACUUUCAGCUCUCGUUAUAUAUACCAUCGUGUUUACACAUGAGCAUAAACACGUAUUAAACCAGCUUGAGCCCAAUGCUUCAACAUGGGAAAAGAUCAUCGCGUUGGCUAAUAUGUUUGACAAAAAAGCCCUCUCUAGCCAUAGUUUCAAGAAGCCUAGAUUUCAAGACGGGAACACCAAUGCCGAGUUCCAAAAUGAAGUUCAUGAAAUCUUAGGACGCCAUGAAUCUAGUAUGGAACAAAUCCAUGCUACCCUUCAGAUCAUAUUAUCUGAGCUUCAAUCCCUUCGUGCCUCACAGAAUUGUAUCAAUAACCACCCCGAAACAAACUCCUUUGCUUCUACUGAAUCCUCCCAACAAGUACCUACUGUCAACUAAUCACUCCCAACCUUCCACGGACCGUAGUCAUCAUCAUCUCAGACUGAAUUUCCCCAAAUUUAAUGGAGAAGACCCACAAGGAUAGAUCUAUAAGGCAGAGUAAUAUUUUGACUUCAAGGAGGUGGCUACCGAACAACAAGUCCAACUUGCCUCUUUUCACCUUGAAGGAAUAGCGCUUCAAUGGCAUAGGUGGCUCACCAAGUUCAAAGGACCAGUAACUUGGACAGAAGUCACUAAGGCCUUGCUGCUUCGUUUCAAUCCAACCAACUAUGACAACCCUUUUGAAGCACUCACAAGACUAAAGCAAAUCACCACCGUUUCAGUAUAUCAAGAAGAAUUCAAGAACCUCUCCCACCAAGUCGAUGACUUACCAGAAAUGUUUUUAAUCGGUUGUUUUAUUGCAGGACUCAAAGACGAAAUCAGGUUGGACGUCAAAAUCAAACAACCUCGCUCACUAGUUGAUGCUAUUAGAAUGGCCCAAGUGGUGGAAGAAUACAAGAGCUUGCAAAGAAGAGGGGAUAGUUCCUUCAGGUCCUCCAUCCUCGACACCCCACCCAAGUCAAAGAACAACAACACAGCUAGAGUAUGAGGUCUCCCACCAAUGUUCAAGACCGACACCAACGUCAUUAACAAUGCUAGUCCCCCCAAAGGAAUUACAAGCCAAAAAGCUUGAGAGCAUAGGAAAAAAGGCCUAUGUUAUUUCUAUGUUGAGAAAUUCCUUCCCGAACAUCGGUGUCAAUGAGCUCAUCUACUCAUUCUUGAAGACAUACCCGACUUCAUCCUUGUGGACAAGGAUAAUUUGAGUGGAGGAAAUGAUACAUGCAACAGCCAUGCAGCCCAUGCACGACACGAACUAGAGUAUGGUUAGUGGAAAAAUGAGAGUUCAGCAUGACUUGGUCAACUCUGUUUAGUUUUUUUAGUGGAUGUUUAGUUGUUUUAGUGAAUUAGUAUUGUAUUGAUUUUCAGCAUGAGUGGCAAAUGUUUUCUGUAUUUUGUAAUUUUAUAGUUAUCCUUGUACAUCUAUAAAUAUAGACUGAAUAUGAAGUGAAUGGGGGUUGAGA